CAUAACACCCGGUGAACAUCCGGUCGUAAUACUACAGUAUUCAAGCAUUACGGACCAGCUCUUCGGGCUAGUUUGGUCGGAAAACAGCAAGGGUCCGUGUUGAAAAUGGCUGUGAGAUGGUUAAUUUUUUUUUGGUAUUGACGUGCAGGGAGGUGUAGAAUUAGAAAGGGAAAGACUGGGAGGAAUCCAGGCCUUGAUGUGGGUUGUGCAUGUGUUUAUAUUGACUAUGAUGGUCCAGAAGCGCCCAUAAUUGUGUCCGCGAAACAAUCGAAACGUUCUCCGUGAAGUCAUGGCAAUGCUAUUCGAGACUCAGUAGAGAGAAGCGAAGAUUUACCGCAUAGUUCUGUCGUGUUUUCUCAGACUUCCUCAGCAAAUGAAACGGAGGUCGUCGCCGGAAGUGAAGUUCCCGGUGUGGCGCAGGAAGCACCUGUCAAAGAAGGACUUCGCCGAUCAAUGCGUCGAUAAUUUUCACGUCGCCUCUUUCAGACGUAGCCUCAUCUACUACACCAAUUAUUCUACAUCCAGGUUUUCCUCAUCGCAGUCUGGACAGAGCAUGCCGCCCAAGGAGAUCACCCUAUGUCAACAAUGUCGCCGCACAUUUCGCGUUCACGAUCAUGCACUGCCACCGUCUCUUGUUACAGACCUACGCGACGGUAUUCAGAUUAGCGCUGAUGUCCAUGCCGAUUCGAUAAAGCAAACCCUUGACGCUUUACUGCCAAAAUUAUGUGAAUACGACGCAAAAAUAGAGGCAUUGGAGGAGACCCUGGCGUAUCUCAAGAAAGGUCGCGCCGACCUUGCUCAUAGCAUCUCCGUCUACAAAGCAUGCCUUGCUCCAAUUCGCAGGCUUCCCGUCGAGUUGCUCUGCAAAAUCUUCUCGGAGGCGUGUGCCUUUGUUGACUCUCCUAUCGAUGAUGACGCACGCGAAACCUUCCAACCACCUUCCCAGACCCCAUUCCGUAUCGCAUCAGUUUGCUCCUAUUGGCGAGGCGUCUGCCUCUCUGUCCCCCAGCUCUGGUCUGUCAUGUUCAUCGAUGCUGACGACACCAACCUUUUGAAAUCAACGAGACAACUGCUCUCGUUAUAUCAGCAGAGGUCAUGCUCCAAGCCAGUACACGUUGGAAUUUCUGCAAAAUCCUUGUUUAAGCACCAAGAUAACGUCGAACUUGAUACCGAUGUUCCUAUGCCGCCUUACAUGUCUCUGAAGACUAUAUUCUCGCCUUCGACCUCUCCCCUCAACCUGAGCUCCUGUCGUUCAUUAUUCCUCGACAUGGGUUUGGCAAGACAGUCAGAUCUCGCUCUUCCGUCCCCAGAUUUCGCAUCACUCGGACGCUUGUACCUCACGGGAUGGUUCGAUGUCAACGACGUCGACAACCCAGAGUCCUUCUCACACUUGUUCUCCAAUGCACCUCGACUUCGGGAGCUUCAUCUUCAUGACACUUGGAUCCUCCAGAAUUUUGACCUCAACUGGAGUCACAUCCGUACAUUACGACUCACGCAAUAUGAUGGGAGAUGGGAUGACAUCGUCGAAAUCCUUGAUACGUUCCCUCGAUUGGAUGUUUUAAUGUUCUAUGGCGGUGGGUUCCAAAAUAUGACAGCCGCUCUAACAAUCCCCGGUAUCAGGGUGUUGCAGAUAUGCGGAGUACUAGGGCUCACCGCAGGCCUUUUGCAUGUGUUGACGCUCCCCGACCUGCGUCGUCUAGAACUCCUUGAUGACGAGGUAGGCUAUGCCAAUCAUAUUACCACCGAGGAUGUCGAUAUCAUAGUUGCCUUCCUCGCCAGUUCUUCGUUCUUAAACGAGGUUCGCUUCGAUAUGACAGUCAUCCAGGAUGUAGAUCUCAUCCGGAUCCUGGAGACUGUUCCAAAAUUGACGAAAGUCGCUAUUGUUGAGCCUCGUCGCCACUCGGGGCAGUUCAGCAUCACGGACAAGCUCCUCGGUCGAAUGAUGGAUCUCGACUUCUCGCCGAAGUUGGAGGAACUCGAAUUGGUUUGGGCAGAAGAUAAUGCGAUCGAGGAAGGGAAAGUAUUGGAUGUUAUCAAGAGUCGCUGCGGGCAGCUUCAAUCUGUGAUUGUGGGUGUGCGAGGUGGUGGGGAGCUGGAUAAGAAGACAUUACGGAGGAUCCAGGAAGUUAGGGAGCUCAGAUUAUCCGUCUUUCCGGACCGAAGAGCCGGGGUCUAUCAACUUUUCUCCCACCGCCACAUCGACUCUCAAGAACUUCUACAAAUCUCUAACAAUAGGUUGCAGUCGUUGCACGAUGGCAACAGAUAUCAACAUUUCGACGACGAGAUAAUACCUAUGCUUCAUGGAAACCACAUCAAAGUAUCUCUUGUUAAAUCGGCUAUCCUCGCUAUCGAGGGGGACAUCCAGUCCAUUGACGACCGAAUGGAUCAUCUAGAAGCGCUCAAAACCCAUCUUCUCGCAAAGCGAAGCCAUGCAGCAGCUGAGCUCGCGAAAUACCGUUCCUUCAUUGCUCCAGUUCGACGGUUACCAAACGAGAUUCUCUCAGAGAUAUUCUCAUUUACAUGCACGGUUAUGUCAGACAGUGUUGACGUCGUCAAUGGUGCACCCUGGGUCCUGAGCCGUGUAUGCAGCUUGUGGCGAUCAAUUUGUCUUUCCUCCUCCCGUCUCUGGUCUACGGUUAUCAUUGUACCAACGAGCUCUACGCGGCGUCACGCCGCCGACAUCCUGGGGAGCUAUCUCGAUCGUUCACGUGAACUGUUACUCAACCUGUAUCUCGACGGUAGUGCAUGUAUCGCUCCAGUUGGUGCCGACUUUAAUAGACGAGUUACAAGCAUACUACGCAUCCUUCGCCCUCACAUAUCCCGAUGGCACAAGCUUAUCCUUUCCUGUGAUCGCGAUGCUGUAAUUCUUGACUUCAUCAGCGCUUGGAAACACUUAGAUCCGGGCUUUACACACCUGAAAAGGUUAGAUAUUCGCACUCCCGAUGCACGCGAUGAUUUCGUAUACCCCACCACAGCGUUUUCAGGAGCUCUCAACCUUGAGAGCAUCCAUCUCGGGACCGGCGUCUUGCUAAAAAGCCCCUCGUUUCCACAUCUCACAAGCUUCUACGGGACAUUCUCAUCCAUACUUCAAUUCCACGAUCUCCUCGAUGCAGCGCCGUCUCUCCAGGAUGUUUCCAUCUCCUAUCAUCCACCAACUGGAACAUCAGACAUCUUUCCGCCCACACAGCUCACCCACACAGGCAUUCACAAGGUGACGGUGCGCGCAUCGUCAGCAUGCUUUUCCAAGGUGAUUUUUCCUUUACUGGAGGAACUCGUCAUCGAUGCUGGAGUGUAUGAGUCGAACUUUGACCCACAACAUGUUACCUACCUGACCUCUCUCAUGAGCAACUCCCAUCACCCUCGACGUUCGCUAAACAUGAUGGUCUUGUCAGAGUCCCAUCUUACACCUUUCCUCUCCCCAGGUCUGACAUCUCUUACCCUCGAAAUCCCAACAGACACCUCGAGGGAGAUAUACCGCCUUCUCAUGUACAACCCAGACAGCAGUUACCCCGUCGCACCCAAUCUAACACACCUGUCUAUCAAAGAGAUGGCGCUAGUCUCUGAUCCAAACCUUCUGACCGAUGAUGCAUGCCUAAAGAUGAUCCGCUCCCGAGCUAGGACGCUCCAAUCCGUCAUCCUUCAAAUCGUCCUCGUUUUCCACUAUAGUCAGGCUGUAUCCCAGCUGGGAGCACGUCCUCGUCCUCUGUUGAGUGAUUUCAAGUCUAUCAGGUCCACCCAGGGACUGGACGUACGCAUUCGGUGGACGGAGAGGACAGCAGGUAUUGGUGCGGAACAUGACAAGGACCUUGAUUUAAUCUAA